GCGACCCCAUGCAUCACAUGCACAUGUCUGCCGAAUGGCCUCCACGGAGCUUCAGUCUUCCGGGUGGCUGCUACGCCGCCGGUCCAGUAAAUGGACGUAAGCAUGGAGGAGCAGGGUGGGAUAUGGCCUCGCAGCCCAGCAAUGCAAUGGCACCCUUCGAGAGACCUGCCAGGCUUCUCCCCAAGGGAAAGAUAGAAAAGGUAGGUAUUUCAACAAUAAAAUAGGUCGGAUGGGGUGAGAUGCCCGACAAACCCGAUUUCCCUCGCUGCUCGGCCAUUUCCGGAUCCGUAUACCUACCUCUCUGCUAUCACGGCUUCGGUAGUCACUAGAUGAAAUGUCCGACGCAAACAGCAUCCUUCGGUGGUUUCACCUUGGAGCUGAAGAAGAUAGCUCUAACAUCUUUUACGGCUGCCUCACGACGAUUCUGGCCAGCACUUAUUUGGCGCUGCAUCUCAACAUACCCCCUCCAUAUCCAGCGGUUCGAUCUUCUCGUACGUUCCUGCAGCGAUGGUACCGAUCGCGGAUGCUGUGGGAGUUAAGGCGACAGCUCUCGUGGAUUUUGGCACUCGUCAUAGCCCCCGAGCUGCUCGUUAGUUUCGCUUUCGGCGAUUGGCGCGCCGCUCGACUUGGGUUGAGUAUCCUGCACGAAAAGGGACGAGGAAACGUCAGAGACUGGACGAUGGCACAUGCUCACUUCGCCAACAUGGGAGGUCUCGUGUUCUCAGUCCAGCACCGUGGCAGCGAGGUCCCGGAUGCUGCCCCCUUCAAGUCCAGUGGUGGAAUUGUGGUACUCCAAGAGAUUACCGACGCCGUAAACCUCUCGACGGUCAAACAGCUUCAGAACUACCUGGGAGCGAUGGGCUCGAAAAUCGCAAAAUGGAUAAAGCGUGUACUCACGAGGUAUGCGAGUUGGCCCUGGUCUUUUGGUUUAUCGCGCUCUUCUCGAGCGCCUCAUCAAGAGGAGAUAGAAUUGGAUAACCUUGCCGCUCGGGAUGCCUCUGUUCGGAAUUCCCCCCCCGAACGUACUGGAAUCAAUACGGGCCAAGUAGAUGUGAGAUCUUCAGGCCCAGCAGCAGGAUCCAGACAUAGUCCCGACUCCGCCAGCCCAGUCGGUGCGACUGAAGCACUACCAGAGGCCAGGAUCCAGCUCCACCUCAACGUGGUGCAAGUCGUCGCAGCGCAAGUCCUCGGUGUCCUGGGAGAGGUUCCGCAGAUUGACAUGGACGGGAUCGAGGCAAGGAGUAAAGUCAAUCCCCUGAUUAAAGCAAUUGCGGCUGUGAGAUUGCUCUGGGUGUUCGCUACAGUAAUCAUCCAGGGAUCGAUCAACUCCUCGCUGACCCAAAUAGAACUUUCGACCUUCACGUACGUCCUUUGUGCGUUGGUCUCCUAUGUGCUAUACUGGUCAAAACCGCAAGGCGUUGAGGAGCCUGACAAACACAUUGUCGCCAUCUCUGACGGCGUCAGGCCCGUCACAGAUCAGGAUAUAAAGUAUAUCCAAGCGUUUGGUGGUAGCCCGUUUCUCCUUCGGAAUUUCGUGCCGCCUUUCGGCAUGGAUAACCUACAACGCCACCCCACGGAGUGUAUCCCUACGGAUAUAUCGCUUACAAGCUUCGCCUUCUUUGGGCCUUCGGGUCACAAAGUCUUCUUCGGCGACUCGGACGUGGCGGGUGUCCUGGUCGGAAUGAUCUUCGGGGGGCUGUACUGCCUGGGGUGGAACCACUCUUUCCCGUCGCUUUGGGAAGUCUGGCUUUGGCGUGCCAGCGCUAUUGUUAUCACGGGAUCCCUGAUCCCUUUCUCCCUCGCCAACGCGGCGUGCACUAUUGCGUUUUCCGACUUGACCGACCGGAGCAAGCCAUUGAAAACACACAAUAUCCACGUGCUCGUGCUAUAUUUUCUGUUGGCACUUUACGUCUUCUGCCGAUUUUUCAUGCUAUUCGAGAUGUUUAGGACGUUGUUUAUUUGAGGUAAAAGGCGUAGAUAUCAGCGAUUGUGGGGAUAUCGUGGUGAUGAUACACCCUGGAUCGUCUUUCGCCGUAGAACGGUUGCAAAAGACGCUUCAGGAUGUACACGUAGGUACGGAAUAACCCCUCCUUGCAUAAUUUCGCAGAGUAAAAUAAAGAGGUUUGCGGAUAUCGGUAGAGAAUGGGGGAAGAAACAGGUUAUACGGGGCUGGCCUACGCAUCAGUAUUGGCCCUGUUCUAGCUGGCGCGUCUUAGCAAUAUCUCCGAUAGCCGAUGAUGGAGUGAGUUUUCGUGUGAGACACU